UCUACUGCGACCAUCAAACAUGAACUCAAACGGCCCGUUGAUGGAGCACGGUAAGCGCCGUGUCGCCUACUACUAUGACUCCAACAUUGGAAAUUACUAUUAUGGUCAAGGGCACGUCAUGAAGCCACAUCGUAUCAGAAUGACCCAUCAUCUCGUUCUCAACUAUGGUCUGUACCGGAAUUUAGAGAUUUUCCGCCCAUUCCCUGCAUCAUUCGAAGACAUGACUCGUUUUCACAGCGACGAGUACAUGACGUUUUUGAAGAGUGCGAAUCCAGAUAAUCUGAAAUCCUUCAACAAACAAAUGCUUAAGUUCAAUGUUGGAGAAGAUUGUCCUCUCUUUGAUGGUCUUUAUGAGUUCUGCCAACUCAGUUCGGGAGGUUCUCUGGCUGCUGCCACUAAAUUGAACAAGCAGAAGGUGGACAUUGCUAUCAAUUGGAUGGGAGGCCUCCAUCACGCCAAGAAAAGCGAGGCGUCCGGAUUCUGUUACACCAAUGACAUCGUUCUCGGUAUUCUCGAGCUUCUCAAGUACCACAAGCGAGUACUUUACGUCGAUAUUGAUGUUCAUCACGGAGAUGGAGUAGAGGAGGCGUUCUAUACGACUGAUCGAGUAAUGACAGUGUCAUUCCAUAAAUAUGGAGAUUUCUUCCCAGGAACCGGAGACCUGAAAGAUAUAGGAGCUGGAAAAGGAAAGCUCUAUUCAGUCAAUGUUCCACUUCGCGAUGGAAUCACCGACGUCUCUUACCAGAGUAUUUUUAAACCAAUCAUGACAAAGGUUAUGGAGAGAUUUGAUCCCUGUGCUGUUGUUCUUCAAUGUGGAGCUGAUUCUCUCAACGGAGAUAGACUUGGACCAUUCAAUCUGACCUUGAAAGGCCACGGAGAAUGUGCUCGUUUCUUCCGAAGCUACAACGUUCCACUUAUGAUGGUCGGUGGAGGUGGAUACACUCCAAGAAAUGUGGCACGUUGUUGGACGUACGAAACCUCGAUUGCCGUCGAUAAGGAAGUUCCAAAUGAGUUGCCAUACAAUGACUACUUCGAAUACUUUGGACCAAACUACCGACUUCACAUCGAGUCGUCGAAUGCAGCAAAUGAAAAUAGCUCCGAUAUGCUGGCUAAAUUGCAAACUGACGUCAUCGCCAAUCUCGAGCAGCUCACUUUUGUUCCAAGUGUUCAAAUGAGACCGAUCCCAGAAGACGCCCUCUCUGCAUUGAAUGAUGACUCAUUGAUCGCCGACCAAGCUAAUCCCGACAAACGACUACCACCACAAAUUACCGAUGGAAUGAUUCAAGACGAUGGAGACUUCUACGAUGGUGAGCGUGAGGGAGAUGAUCGAAGAAACGAGAGCGAUGCGAAGAGAGCAGCUCAGUUUGAGUCGGAAGGUGGUGAAAAGCGUCAGAAGACAGAGUAAAACACUAAAAUGUGCCGCCGUCGAAUUCAGUAUCUCCUCUGAAAAUAAUAUUCAAUCACUGUACACCACUUUUUCCUUGUCAAAUGAGUAUUACUUUUUGAUUUUCCUUAAAUCUAAUUUAAUUUUCCGCCCAAAUCCCAACUGUUUUAUUUAUUUUUCAAAUUCAAGCACUUUUAUUUGGAAGAUCUCUUCACUUUUCCCCAUUAAUCCUUUUUUAUCUCAGUAUCCUUUACCCGUUUUGCACUUCCUCAACAUCCUUACUCCUCACAUCCACAUCUAAUCUACCCCCUUCAACGAUUUCCAUUUCUCUUGUCGUCCCACACUCCCCAUUUUACUGGCACACAAUUCCAAUUCCACAGUCAGAUCCUGAACACUUUUUUGUAUUUUGGUGAAUUUCUUCGUUUUUAUUUAUUUAAUAAAAUUGACUCGAUUGG